AUGUCUUCACCUGCUAGCGACACAGACUUGCAAUCAUCUCACGUAUCCGACGACUCUCUCAUCUCUCAAGAUGCCAAGGCCGAGAAUAAGAAAUCUCCUUUGUGGAGGUCAUUGUAUGUCCUCACAAAGGCUCAAUCUGCUGUCAAUGUGGACACACUGUCCAGUGUCCCCAUCGCCAACAACCCUCGUCCUUUGAGAAUGAUGGUCAAUGACUCUGGAGAGCUGUUCACGUUCAAAUUUCCUGUGACACUGGAUACUGGUCUCGAUCUGUUUGCAUUGAAGAAAAUGUGCGCCCAGUUUGAGGUUUGCCCGCUCGAUGUCAAUGCGACCAACCUGUAUCCACAGGAGGCCAUAAGGUGCAGCUCUGCGACCAUGGACAUGUUAAAUGUCUUGCAUGGGGAAGUGGAGAACACCAGAAACACCCUGUUGCCCAACCCUGCUAUGUAUCUGCACAAUGUGCCAUUCUGGUGUCGAUACACUGAAGCACAGAAUGAACAGUUCUCUGUCAUACUGAUAACUGACCCUUUGGUGCAAAACAUUCCAGACCCCUCACGAUCUUCAGUGCUGCAUCUCAAACGGGGUUAUAUUGGCAAAAGAGACACCAUGCAGAGUCCAUCCAAGGCCAAAGCUGCUGUGAUGGCAGGUGGCCCUCCUGGAGGAGGAGGAGAAGGCUCAUCCACUGCAGCUAACAGGGAUGACCUUCUGUCAGCUCUGCCUGACCCCCUUGGGCAGUAUGCCGGCCUGAUCAUGCAACACAACUUGCAAAAUGCUGUGGUGGUCCCCCCCAAUCCCAGCAAAUAUGCCAGCAACCUCACUAGUGGCGAUGUUACGAUGUUUGAAUGCCAGCUGAAGUUGUGGAACAUUGCCCCUAAUAGAAGAGACAAUGCUCCACAGGACGACAGGAAUGGCUCCAAGUGGUACCAGGUGAUGCUGAAGUCAAUGAAGCUACUCCCUGACACAUCCAUCACUGCGAGCACAGUGAAUGAUUCCACAUCAAACAAGAAAGGAAAAUGCAAGGCCACUGAUGACGGUGAUGGGUCGCAGGCAAGGAAGAGGACGUCUGAGGAUGGUGACCUUGACAUCGAAGAGCUUGAGGAAAUGGAAGUCGGUGAUGACUAA